AUGAGUCAAACAUCUCUCAAACAGAAAAAGAAUGAGCCCGGAAUGAGGUCCUCAAAAGAGAGUCUAGAAGCAGAAAAAAGAAAGGAAUCUGACAAACAAGGAGUUCGUCUGAGCAAUCAGAUGAGGCGUGCAGUCAAUCCGAAUCACUCGCUGAGAUGUUGCCCCUUCCGGGGUCACUCGUCGUGUAGACGCUGCCUUUGUGCAGCUGAGGGAACAGCCCUUGGCCCCUGCCGCACAAUACGUAUUUAUAUUCACAUGUGCCUGUUGUGGGAGCAGGGCCAGCAGAUCACCAUGAUGAGGGUGAGCAGAGAUCGCACUACUGAUUCUGGAGGGGAACCACAGACAAUCUGGGGAUCACAAGAAUCAUCACUGCGCAAGACAGACUCUCGAGGGUACCUUGUGCGCAGUCAAUGGUCUAGAACAUCCCGCAGCCCAUCCACCAAGGCUCCAUCCAUAGAUGAGCCUAGAAGCAGGAACACCAGUGCUAAGCUCCCCAGCAGCUCCACGAGCUCCCGGACUCCAUCCACCUCCCCAAGCCUUCAGGACUCCUCACCGCCGGCACUGUCCGGGCAGCCCUCGCUCCAGCCGCCCGCGUCGCCCCGGCCACCCCGGUCGCAGGACUCACGGCCUCCCACGCCCCCAGAGCCCGAUCCUGGCUCCCGGCGCAACACCAAAAUGCAAGACAAUCCGGAGGCCUGGGCCCAGGGCAUCGUGCGGGAAAUCCGCCAGAGCCGGGACUCGCAGUCGCGGGAAUAUUCGCGCACAUCCCCCACUGAAUGGAAGUCCUCCAGCCAACGCAGGGGGAUCUACCCCGCCCCCAACCAACUGGACCGCGACUGUCUACCUGAGCAGCAGCAGCAGCAGCGGGAGGAUGAGGACGACUACGAGGCUGCCUACUGGGCAUCCAUGAGGUCGUUCUAUGAGAAGAACCCGAGCUCCUCGCGUCCCAGGCCGCCCAAACCCAAGAACGCCAUCACCAUUGCUCUCUCAUCCUGCGCGCUCUUCAACAUGGUGGACGGCAGGAAAAUCUACGAGGAAGAGGGUCUGGAAAAGUACAUGGAGUAUCAGCUCACCAAUGAGAAUGUCAUCCUGACCCCAGGUCCGGCGUUCCGCUUCGUCAAGGCACUACAGUAUGUCAAUGCUAGACUCCGUGAUCUAUAUCCUGAUGAACAGGACUUAUUUGAUAUUGUACUGAUGACUAAUAACCAUGCCCAAGUGGGAGUGCGGCUUAUAAACAGCGUCAAUCACUAUGGCUUACUGAUUGACCGCUUCUGUCUGACCGGCGGAAAAAACCCAAUUGGCUAUUUGAAGGCAUAUCUUACCAACUUGUAUAUUGCUGCAGAUUCUGAAAAAGUGCAAGAGGCAAUACAAGAAGGUAUUGCCUCUGCCACAAUGUUUGAUGGAGCCAAAGACAUGGCUUACUGUGACACCCAGCUCCGUGUAGCCUUUGAUGGGGAUGCUGUCCUCUUCUCUGAUGAGUCUGAACAUUUUACCAAGGAGCAUGGGCUGGACAAAUUCUUCCAGUAUGAUACAUUAUGUGAAAGUAAGCCUCUUGCUCAGGGUCCCCUGAAAGGCUUUCUGGAAGAUUUAGGCAGACUGCAAAAGAAGUUCUAUGCCAAAAAUGAACGGUUACUUUGUCCUAUCAGGACCUACCUGGUUACAGCUAGGAGUGCAGCCAGUUCAGGCGCCCGUGUGCUGAAGACCCUUCGACGCUGGGGUCUAGAGAUAGACGAAGCUCUUUUCCUUGCUGGAGCCCCCAAAAGUCCCAUCUUGGUGAAGAUCCGGCCCCAUAUCUUCUUUGAUGACCACAUGUUCCACAUUGAAGGGGCACAGAAGUUAGGUUCCAUGGCAGCUUAUGGCUUUAAUAAAAAAUUCAGUAGUUAGGGGCAGGGAGGAGAAAUAAAGUGGUAAUAGUCUGGUAUUACAGAAGCCACUUCUUUUGACUCUCUAGGAUUAUUAGAUAGGUAUUUCAGAAAAUUGGACCUUAAAACUUAGCUUCUUUGGAAAGAUUUCCUCUUGAUUUUUUGGAAAACCUUUUGAACCCUCAAGUUACCAUCAAACUACUUCUCUUUGAACUACCAAUACUGUUGAACUUGAAUAUUUGCAUGCUUAAGGGACUGUUUUAGAAGCUUACUUAGUUUCAUGAAGCACUGCUCAUUUUUGGAUGUUUGUAGAUAACAAUGAAUUGUUACCCAUCAGCAUUGUAGAAUAGUGUCUUCAAAGGUAGAAGGAGUAUGGUUAAGUACACUCUUGAAAACUGGACCUUUGUAUUCUGUGACUGCUAUGGCCAGCCCUUUAAACAAAGCAAAAUGAGAAUUUCACUCUACCUGCAUAACAAUUUUGAUACUGCUCAUUUAGAAAUAAAUCAUCUGGUUGUUCCUCCAGGGUACUUUCUAAGAUAAGCCUUAAACAGAAACUCUUAAGAAAGGUUCUCUGAAAAUUACUUGGUGGGUUAAAUGCCUCUGGUCCACAGAGUUUCAUAUUUGAAGUCUCUGGCUUUGGGCCUGGCAGGCUGGCACAUCCAUAUUUGUAUGGAAAAAAAAAAAAAGACCCUACGCUACCACUUCAAAAUGUGACAUGAAGUGUAGAAUCCUGGUCCUUCAUUGUCAUUCUCAUGUGAUUUUUGUUUUGUUUUCAACAAAAAUUGGUUGGUCAUUAAAUAUAUGUUAGGCACAGUGACCUGGUUAUUUUCACAUGUUACUUCAUUUUCUUAUCAAAUUAAAUGUUUGUUACAUAGUA